AUGCGCGGCAACCCAUUCCUCACCAGCGGUCCAGCCGCAGCCAGCUCAAUGGAAGACCUGAGCAUUGAAGACGGAUCGUGGACCAAAGAAGAAGAGCCAAAGAAAGACAAAUUCAUCGUCGAGUCGGAACUUCUAAUCCCAGGCAAAGGCGACCCCAUCACGAAUGGCUCAAUCGUAGUGGAAGGCAACAAGAUUACCAAAGUCGGCCACUCCAGCUCAAUCGCCACAGAGUACUCCCACCUCCCAAAGUACAAUGUCAAAGUACUCAUGCCUGGGAUGUGGGACUGCCACGUCCACUUCAUAGCCGUGCAAGCGGUGGCUUGGGAUGCCAUACUACAGAGUCAACAGAAACAAGCCUUGACUGGCGCAAGGUGUGCUCCUGAUUUGAUGCGCCUGCUGGAUGCUGGGUUUACCAGCGUGCGGGAGAUGGCGGGCUGUGGUAUACAGCUUGACGAGGCAGUAGAAGAAGGCAGUCUAGUUGGUCCGAAGAUCUAUAGCUCGAACAGCAUAAUCAGUCCCACAGGUGGCCAUGCAGAUUUGCAUCCGCUCCCCAAACCCUGGUUCGACGACCUCUGCGCUCACGGCUCACCGUUCCAAACGGCAGACGGCGUACCAGAGUGUCUCAAGAUUGUGCGCAUGCAACUCCGCGCUGGCGCCAAAGUGAUCAAGAUCUGCGGGUCCGGAGGCGUGGGCUCAGAGCUCGAUAAUCCAGUAGAUCAGCAAUUCUCCUCGGAAGAGAUGGAAGCGAUGGUCCAAGAGGCCGCUCGUGCCCAGAGGAUUAUUGGCGCUCACUGUCAUGGCAAAGCAGGCAUCAUGGCAGCCUUACACGCCGGGGUCAAGACGAUCGAGCACGGCAGCUAUCUCGACGAUGAAGCUGCCGAUCUCAUGAUUGAGAAGAAUGCCAUCCUAGUCACCACUCGCUUGAUCGUGGAGAACGGGUUGAAGUCCAACAAAGACUUCUUCUCCUCAAGAGGGUACGCGAAGCUGCGGGAGAUAGCAGCACAUCAGUUCAACGCAAUGCAAACGGCCAUCCGCAAAGGCGUCACUUGUGCCAUCGGCACAGACUCGACUGGUACACUCCCGCCAGGAAAUCCUUUGAGCAAGCUUGUCCGCCAGGGGCUAAAUGCGAUGGAGCUAUACUAUCAUGUCAAGGCUGGGAUGACACCACUGCAAGCUAUCGAAGCUGCGACGGCUAAUGGGCCAUUGACGUUGGGGCCGCAAGCACCAAAGGCGGGACAGCUGAAGGAAGGAUAUGAUGCGGAUUUUAUUGGCGUGGAUGCCAAUCCACUCGAAGAUAUCAAGAUACUAAUUGGACCUGAUCAUGUCAGUCACGUGUGGAAGCAGGGCAUAUGUUACAAAAGUCCCGGGAAACCGAUUAGCUUUAUUUGA